UAAACAACUGCCGCAGCGCGUUUACACUAAACGUCUAUAAACAUAAUACACAUUUUGCUAUAGGCAUAUAAUUCUAUCUGCGUGCAUACACAGUUGGUUGUCACGCCAUCGUUCAGACGGUCAGCUGUUCGUGCGGCGCCGUUCGAAAAAAUCGAACUUUCACCGAGAGAGCUCUACUAUACAUACUCGUGUUCGACGACUGUUUCCGUUCCACGCACUUGUUAUUGAACAUUAUGAACUCUGUUAAAAACAGCAACGAGGAUUUUGCGUUAUGCGUUUCGCUUCUGAUGUCUUUGAUGUGUCCUGCUGCAGUUUUUGCAGUGUACUACAACAAUCAUUAUCCAGUUGUACAUCAUGGACACACAUCCGAUUCGAACACUUUGAGACUGGUCCACGCGGUGUUCAGGCACGGACAAAGAACGCCGGCCGACACAUACCCCCUGGACCCGUACACAAAUUCGUCGUGGGAACCAUUCGGGUGGGGACAACUGACCAAUAAUGGUAAACGAAAACAAUACGAGCUCGGAAAAUUUAUCAGAAAGCGUUACUCUGGAUUUUUGGAUGUUCUGUACUCUUCUAAAAAAGUCACGUUUAGAAGUACUGACGUGGACAGAACCAUAAUGAGCGCUCAACUAGUCGCGUCUGCUAUGUACAAGCCAGUCGGGAUACAGCAAUGGAAUAGAUAUUUAGAAUGGCAACCCGUCCCAAUACAUUCAGAACCUCUGAACAGCGACCGAUUGUUGCUAGUGCGAAUGGACUGUCCCAGGUACUACGAAGAAAGGCAAAAAAUAAUGAAUUCCACCGAAGUCAUCGAAGAGCUCAAUACUUAUAGUGAUCUAUAUAGUUAUCUGUCCACCCACACCGGACUGAUCAUUCGAGAUCCCGACGACGUACAGUCGAUUUAUAGUACGUUAAAAGCCGAGUCGGACUACGGAGUUGCACUUCCAAAUUGGACGUCCAAAGUAUAUCCAAUGAAAUUGGCCAAAGUGACAUCUAGAAGUUUCAUAUUGAAUGCUUACAAUGAUGAAAUGAAAAAACUCAAAGGAGGUCCUUUACUAAAGCAAAUACUGGAAAAUAGUAAAAAUAAAAUAAACAAACAGUCCACACAUCAGUUGUAUGCCUACGCUGGCCAUGAUUCAACUGUAUCCAAUCUUUUGAUUGCCUUAGGUGUAUGGGAUGAGCAGAUUCCCACGUAUAAUAUGUUGGCAUUACUAGAGUUGCACGAAUCGAAGAAAGGAAAUUUCUACUUAAAGGUGUUUUUGCGCAACGAAUCAUCGACAGAACCUUAUCGCUUACAAAUAUCUAAUUGUAAAGAAGAUUCAUGUACUCUAGAACACAUUUCGCAAUUGACUGCGAACGUGAUACCGUUGAAUUUGAAUGAAGAAUGCAAGACUGAUAAUCCCGAAUUUUCAAGUUUAACAUUUAUUGACCGAGGCCCAUAAAGUCCUAAAAUUCCUAAUCUUUCGAAUGGAUUAACAGAUAAAAUUACAUACUAUUCAACAGUUUUUUUUUUAUCGUUGGAUCUUGGAUGUAUUUCAUUGGGAUUACCGUUUAAACAAUUCUAUGAUAUGAUAUUUUUUUUUAUUUAUUUAAUGUAGGUACACGAAUAUUGAAUUCAUUUUAAUUUUUUAAGAAAAGCAAUGAAAAUAUUAUUUAUAUGGGUCUCCAAUUUUUUUGCCCUUUUACAAUUGUAUAUUAUAUUUGUCUGUGUUUUAUUACUGUCUGUAUAUGAAAUUAUCUUAAUUUAUAAUUUUUAUAUUA